AUCAUGUAUUAUCAAAUGCGCAUGGAGAUGAGGAAAUCACUUGUAUGGCAUUUGACUCUGGUCUCAGAAGACUCAUAUCAGGAGCAAGAAAUGGAUCAAUAAAGGUGUGGAAUUUUCAGAAUGGUCACAAUAUUCAUCAAUGUGAGGCCGUAGCAGAAGCUGAAGUUACUGGUAUUGUGUCAUUCAGAGAAAAACGAUCCAUGCUAUCAGUGGGUUGGAGUAGAAAAAUUGUUGUCUAUGAUGACACAGAUGGUGAUAAUGCAUUCAUCAAAGCUGACAUUUCAUGGAGAGGAGGACAAGUACACAAAGAUGACAUCUUAUCAGUGGAUUACUGCUCUCCCAAUCUCCUAGCAACCGCUAGUUUUGAUGGAGAAAUCAUAGUCUGGAGUGUAGAGACAGAAAAGAUGUUUAAAAGGCUCAGGAGAGGACAACCAAGUAAAAUGACGCGGAAAUUGAAGCAAGCAUUGUCUCAUUUAGAAGGUGGCAGCCGUCCAGCCACUGGCAGCAGUACUCAGGGGUCACGACCUCUUAGCAGGUUCAGCAGUAUGAAUUCCCGUCCUAAUUCCCGGCAUCGGCAGCAGCAUAAACCACCUAAAGGUUUCACAGCACCAGUAGACAAGCUGUUGUUUCUACAACACCGGGUUACACAGGGGCAAACUGACAGUGCUGUACUCAUAUCAAGUGAAGCUGGCUAUUUACAUUUUUGGAGUGUCUAUGGGUCACAACAAGACAUGGGGUUCUUUUAUGCCAGUGAUUGUAAAGACGAAGAAGAGUCUGUAUUAGCGCUAUGUACAAAUAAAGACAACAGUGUAUUGAUUAGUGGAGAUACAAAGGGUUAUAUUUAUAUCUGGAAUAUUGAGCAGUACUGUAUUCAACCAGCAGAGGAAACUAAGAGAGAAAGGCCUCCAUUGUUAUGUUCAUGGCGUGCCCAUGAAAAAGCAGUCGUGAGUGUGGACUACAUAAUCUAUGAUGAACAAUCUUUUAUCUUGAGUGCAUCCACUGACCAGACAGCUAGACUUUGGACAUUGAAAGGUCAUUUUGUUGGAACAUUUGGUCAAGAUGACAAGUGGAUUCUUAAGAAUCCCUCCACUUGGCAACAUCCCAGGACACCCUGGGGCUACGCUGAUGAAGGUGGAGUUGUUGCCAGUAUUGUUGUUCCGGAUAUUGUUGAAAACGGUAUGAAAAGUGAUGCAGAAAACUUGCCUAAUAAUUCUGAAGGUAAUGAAAAGGAUGAUUCAUCAAUGUCCUCUUCAAGUCCCAUUCAGAAAGAAGAUACUACCAAACAUCCUGUAACAAAGUUCAAUGGACGACGACAGUCACCUGACAGAAUCUCAUCACCAUCGCUGUCACCCAGGGACGAACGUCCAAUCAGUGCAGACAUAAAAAGAAUACAGAUACAAUCAGCACCAAAUUUAGUGAACGGCACUGAAAACAGAAAUGGAUCGGGAAAUUCCCAGCGGGCAAAAUUCUUCACAAAUGAUGAAUAUUCCUGGAGAUCCAAGAGAUCGGUUACGUUUGCCAACUUUGGACAGCCAAGACGGUCAAUACACAUGAAGAGUUUACUUGGACACAGAGUGGAGGAAGACAUAGCACGACGAACGUACAGCCGACAAGAAAGGCGUCAUAAAUUUGGAGAUGUUGACAUGACAUUGACAUCAAGAUUUGGUAAAAUCUGUUCACCAUUCCAGGCCUUGGCUACCCCUCAAACUGAAGAAGUUCGUUUUCCAUACAACCUGCCGAUGACACCUAGAAUGGUGAGCAGGGGAUUGACAAUCACGACUGAAUCUGAAUUAAACGAGUUUGCAUUGACGCCACCACCAGGAACUCCAGAGGAGAAGAAGGAACCCUAUUUAUUAUUACCCACAAUUCCUGGUUCCAGGUAGCGAUGCACGCUUUGUCUCACUGAAAUGUUUAUGUGGUCAUUUCCCACAAAUUGUGCAACCAAUGCAUAAUUUUUUUUCUAAUAUUCAUAUUAAUAUGCAAGCAAUGUCUCAUUAUGUAUGCUAUGCCGACUUAUCAAAAUCAAGGAACUAGAAAAAAAAAAAUUUAAAAUUAGGUAAAUGCUCAAUAAAUAUUUCUGCAAGCACGAUCAUAACCCUUGUAUUUUUAUAACGCUGUAAAAGCUCAUGUAAAUUUUACUAAAUUAUUGCCAUUUUGUUGAAACUUAUUUGUAUAUAUAUGUAUAUAUCAAUAAAACCUCAUGAGGGCGCCAUUGCAGUACAUAAUACUGCUAGAAUCUUACACUGGUAGUUUAUUAAUGUAGCUGAACAAUGAUAUAUAUGCCUGUCACUUGUAAAUUUG